UUAUAUUUCGAUAAAUAUUUAAUUUACUUAAACUUCAACUCUCUUUUCUAUCUCCCUGGUCCUGGUGUUAUGUUAUGUUUUUUUAUCGUCUAUUUCUUAAAUAAUUUGUAAUUACCUAUUGCUAGUUAAUCCAUUUUUUUUAAAUAUUUACAAUAACAAUGCUCUCAAAAACUGCUUUUGUCGCUGCUGGUGUUUGCGGCACUCUUUUCAUUGGAUACUGUUUAUAUUUUGAUCGGAAAAGGAGGAAUGAUCCCAACUUCAAAAGAAAUUUAAGAGAUAGACGUGCUAAAGCUCUUUUGAUGAAGGAACAAUCUAAAAGAAACAAAUCACAGAUCCCAGAAUUAAGAGAUUUCGAACAAGUUCAGAAAUUUUUCAUCCAAGAAGUGCAACUGGGUGAAGAACUCUUAGCACAAGGAGAUAUUGAAAAUGGUAUUGAACAUCUUAGCACAGCUCUGGCUGUUUGUGGAGAACCAACCCAUCUGAUUGAAGUGUUACAAACACAACUACCCCCGCAAAUUUUCAAUAUGCUGAUGGAGAGGCUUCCAGUAGUCAGCAAGAGAUUAAUGACUACUCUAGAAAGCAGACAACUGCAAGUGGAAGAUGUCGAAUAAAAGUACAACUUAUAGAAUAGAUUCUAUUUUCAGCUGUUAUCAGUGCAUUAAAAUCAUAAAAUAAAGAGAUUAUUCAGCUAGCUUGUAAAUACUACAAAUAAAUCUUACUUCUCACCACC